AUGUUUCCCAUCAGCGCCGCGGCAAUGCCCGCCGUUCCGACCAGAAAAGCACUCAUAGUCGUCGACCUUCAGAACGAUUUCGUAUCUCCCGAUGGUGCUUUGCCCGUGAACGAACCAGACAAUUUUGUCGAUCGCAUUCUGGAACUGGUAAAGGUCUUCCGUGAUUCCGGUGCCGGCGAUGUCGUAUGGGUUCGAAGCGAGUUCGAACAGCAUCGCCCCCUGGCUACCGAGGGAGACACCAUUGUAUUAUCCGAUCUGUCAAUACGGCCUUCUCGAGGAAGGCGGGCCAACUCCAAAGAGCACGACGAAACGCUCAUGGAAUUCGACGAGGCGUUCUUGACCGUCGUGGACGGUGUUGACAAACCGAGCUGCGUCCGGAAGGGCACUUCAGGAGCCGAUUUUCCGCCCAAGAUUCAGGACUCUAUCAUAUGUGGUCGCGACUUCGUAACCACCAAAUCACACUACAGCGCAUUUCCUCCGGGUCAAUCACAACUUGUUCUACAGCUGAGAAUGCGAUUUGUAACGGAGAUGUACGUCUGUGGUUCCCUUACCAAUGUGGGCGUCUUUGCGACCGCCUUGGAAGCCGGAAAACAUGGCUACGACAUCACAAUCGUGGAGGAUUGCUGCGGCUACCGGUCAUUCGGGCGACACGCAAAUUCCAUCCGUCAACUAGAGAAGCUCACAGGUUGCGAUCUCCUGGACUCCCCAGCUCUCAUUGAGAAGUUACAGCGUGCUCAGCCCAAACAUCUGGCGAAGCCCGGGCAUGUGAAAAAACCAUCGAGUGGAAGCCGAGACGUCACGAAGCCCGGAAAGGCAGAUAACGAUAAAGACGGAGGUAGAAUUUCGCCCGUUAUUCCAGAGGCUGCUACAAGUCAGUCUACAGGCCUUUCACCAACAAUGGCCAAGGUGUCAAUAGAGCGCAGUGAUAUUUCUCCGGUCGAGCCAAAGACCACAAGAUCAGGCAGCUCUGCCGCGCCACAAGAUUGCCAAGCCCCCAGUAACGCUAAUGUACCUCUUACACAGCCCAUGGUAACCCGUGGAGAUCUAUCGAAUCGCUUGAUCGACGGUCUUGCGCCCUUGGAAGUUGCUUCCGAGGAUGAAAUUGACAACAUUGAGUCAGAGUUGUUAGCCAUCAAGCGUCGAAACGUAGGACGAGUUAGCCAAUCGCCAUCUAGCUCCUCGGGCUUACUCGACGCAGAAGGGAUCGAUGGUGUCAGCCCCUCCCCGUCUUCAGAGCGUACAAGAGUAGCCGUUAAGCCCAAAUUCCGACGCAACAAAACCUCAAAGAGCUCAUCAUCAAGCUCGUCGUCCCAAGCCCAGAAGAACAUCAAAGAUCGGAUCUCGGCCGAAGCGCAGGAACCAACCAAGGAUACCCCGUCAAACUCUACAACAACAAACCAGCCAGAUCCCAACAGCCCACGGUCGUCUACCGACUCUGCAGAAACUCCUACAAAGACGUCAUCAAACACCAUGGAAGAUCAUCAGAAGCCCGCUGUGUCUGAACCUCUCUGUGAGGGGGACACUCGUGUCAUCACCAAUGCUCUUUCGUCCGAUCUCGCUGCCGAUGCCUUUGAACGCCUCUUGGAAGAGGUCAGCUGGGCUGGCAUGUCCCAUUUGGGCGGUGAAGUCCCACGACGCAUCGCCGUCCAGGGUGCCAUCGACGACGAAGGAAACAUGCCAGUAUACCGUCAUCCAGCAGACGAGUCACCGCCGCUCCUCCCUUUCUCUACCACCGUCCUUUCUAUCAAGAAGGAGAUCGAAAAGCACCUCGGCCAUCCACUCAACCACGUCCUCAUCCAGCACUACCGCAAUAGCAAUGACUACAUCAGCGAGCACAGCGACAAGACCUUGGACAUUGUCCGCGGGAGUUAUAUCGCCAAUGUCAGUCUCGGAGCUGAACGAACCAUGGUCCUUCGCACCAAGCGACCACCCAAGGACAAGAACAAGAAGGACGAAGCAACGACUGAGACCAAGACACCUUCAACCUCCCUGACAUCGGCAGAAGAAAAGGCCAAACGCCAAAUUCAGCGCGCCCCUCUUCCGCACAACUCCCUCCUCCGCAUGGGUCUCCAAACCAACAUGCGCUGGCUACACGCCAUCCGUCCCGACAAGCGCUCUGACCGUGACAAGUCCUCUUCCGAACUAGCCUACUCGGGCGCGCGCAUCAGCCUGACCUUCCGACAAAUCGGCACCUUCCUGGACUCUACCCAGACUAAAAUCUGGGGUCAGGGCGCCGUAGGCAAAACCAAGGACGAAGCUCAGCUGGUAGUGAACGGUCAAACGGACGAGGCGGUUAGGAUGCUGCAGGCUUUCGGGCACGAGAACCAUUCCUCAGAGUUUGAUUGGGAGAAGAACUAUGGAGCGGGCUUCAAUGUUUUACAUAUGGGCAGCCCGAAGAGGUUCUUCGCGGGCAGCGUCAAGGGAAGGGCGUGCACGGUGGAGAACACGAGGGUGGCGCUGGCGCUGGCGGAUAUGGGGAUUGGAGUUGCCAAGGGUGCUAUUGACGCUUCUAGUUCGGGUGGCUCAGGCGAGGACGAGCAGCAAGCUGAAGGAAAGAAGGUUAAGGUCGGAGUCAAGUUCAUUGAUAAUGAUCCGGCGCGGACGGAAGUAAUUGGGGACGUCAACAUCCUGAGAUAUUUGGACGCUGUGUACGGGGCGGGUAGAAGGUAUGAUCAGAUGAUCCCGGCCCAAGUGGCCAAGAGGUUUGCGAGGCUGGACCAGGCAGACGAGUUGUGGCAGGCUUGGAACUGGCUGCUUAAUAGGUCGGCGGGCAUGAACACGGAGGAAGUCAAGCAAGCACUUUGUGAGAAGACGCUGAAGCACUGGGAGGAAUAUGCACAGGAGGCUGCUCAUGCUGUCGCGGCGACGACCACAACCACGAACGCCACGGACAGCAAAGCAACUGCGCCGGAAGCACCUGAAGAGAAGCAUCAGCAACAACUCAAAGACACUGCGCAGGAUGAUAAGAAACAAACAGACACAACCGCAACCAGCCAACUGCCAUCCUUCUACAUCUGCGGCGGCGAGGUUCCUUCGCCAGCUGACUACGCCUUAUGGCCCGCUCUCCAUGAGAUAGUCACCUACGUAGGCGGUGACGAAAACGUCCUAUUUUUCGGGGAGGGAUACCUUGUCAAAUACUACAGGGCUUUCAAGCAAAGGAGUGCUGUUGCCAAGGUGCUGGGUGGCAGUGCUGGCCCGGCUGUUCCCGUCUCUGGUGACGGUAAGGAAAGGCGUGCUAGUGUCGCUGCUGAGGCUGCUGAGGAGAAGGAUCAUGCUGCCACUGUUGCUGCUGCUGCUUUUGAUGCUGGGAAGGAUGUGGUUUCGGUUGGUAAACAGGAGGUCAAUGCAAGUGGAAGCGUUUCAGGGGAGACGGUUGUGGAGAAGGAAAAGGAGGCUGUCGAGGGGGGAAAAAAAAACGGCAAGUGUAGGCGAGGAAGAAAAAAUGAGUGCAGGUAA